UACACAGAAAAGAGGAGAAAGAGGAGAAGAGUUAAUGGUGGGUAAGGGCUCUGGUGGGUUGUGCAGUCAGGCUCUGUUUUCAAUGUAGCUGCUUGUGUAAGUGCUGUGCAGUUGUCUGGGUUUAUGGAUUCGCUGACUGUGGAAAAUGUACUUCUCUUUAGUGGUCCUUGUCCUGACUAAGGCUCUGGUCACAGAGGUAUGUCACGCCCUGAAUGUGACAGUGACCCCCGGGCCCGUUGUCAUGGUAACAGAAAAAGACAACUUGACACUCUCCUGCCUGGUAUCUCAGAGGAAGAGGAGCGGCAGUGUCCUCAUCCUUCGCUGGUUCUUCUCUCCUCUUUCCGCUCCCACUCUCGCGCCUCCUCCCUCCCCUCCGUCCCCCUCUCCUCCUGCACCCGAGCCCUCUCAGUUUCUGAUUGUGAAGAUGGGCAUAAAGAAAAUGAAAUUGUAUGGGAACUACACACGUCGUUUCCCCCAGCCAAAGUUUCGUCUGUAUGAGGAAACGGAGGGAGAAGUGUACCGGCUGUGGAUUCUAAACGUGAAAGGGAUGGAUCAGGGUUUCUACAGCUGUAGAGUUCAGGAGAUUCGCAAACACAGGAACACAUGGAGAGCAUCGUCCAAUGGUACCAGCACCACACAGCUGACAGUGCACUUAACUCUUGAGGAUGGUACCAGCGAAGGACUGUGGCGCUUAUUUGCAGAUGUGUAUCUGUGCGCUGUGCUGCUCUGCUCACUGGGCCUGCUGUCUAUCUUCCUGUUCACUCUGGUGCUCACUUGCCAGUACUUUCACAGAAGACACAGGCUCAAAGCCAGUUACCUGCUGGUCAAGUGUCCGGAAAGCAGCUCAGGAGAGACGGUAACCAGCUCUAGCAGUUCCUCCAGUUCCUCCCCAAGAGCCCAAAGGAAACACACAAGACAGAAAUCUGACAGAGGAGUAACUGUAACACCACCUAAACUACCUGAGGAGCCACCACCACACAUACCAGCCAAAGUGCCUGUUGCUGCAAAGAGACCUCAGAAGCCCAGAAGGUUAAAGACUCAUCUGAGAAGUUCUGCCACUACUCGGGUAUCACAGGAGGAUAGUCUGACAUAUGCAGAACUGGAGCUGGUCAGACCAAGGCCAGAGCCCCCAGCCUCCUCCAGUCCUGACCCCACACCCUCCAGCCCGGACACUGUGUACGCUCAGAUCCUCUUUCAGGAAAAACAGCUUUAAACACAGCAGCUCUGGGACACAUGGGUGUCGUGGGACCUCCUGGUGAGGGCAGACAUUUAGCUCUCCAAACUGUACAGAGUGGCAUCCAAAGGACUAUAUUUAUGAACUAUCAGUAUGGCAUUUAGCGUUUAUUUUUUGGCUGUAAGUACGCUACAACUGUUGGUAAAUGAGGGUUUUGUGUUUCCUCGACGCAGUUCCAUUCCGGCAAAGCAGUUUUGGGGUCUUAUAAUUCUGUUGUUUUGUUUGUUGGCAUCGCUGGCCUGCGAGCCAGAUGUUUAUAAGAAUGCUCUUACUGUUAACUAUUCUGUAUAAACUCAGGAGACUGUGUGGAAAUGAACUGUUGUCCAGGUUCUCUUACUGCAGUGUCACAAGGCAUUGUUACACUUUUCAACUGCAUUUAUAAUUACAGUACUAAUACACCAAAUUAAUAAAUAUAUGCCUGGGUCUGA